AUGGCGGCCAUCUCCGGCGACUCCACGACAAUCCAGGAGAUGUUCGAGCGCUCGGCGGAGUGCAUCCCUUGCAACUCCAUGGUGAUCCAGGAGAUAUUCAACCUCAUCCCGUUCCCGUGUCUGCACUUCUUAGUGAACAGUUGCAUGCCUGGGCAGUUGCUCGGAGCUUGGCGCCGCAAUGGCGACUUGCUCCGCAGCUUGCACCUCUGUGCGCUAGGCACAGCCAUCUCCGAGUGCCAGCCCCCCGCGGGCCCCCCGCCGCGUGCCGCGGCGCGCCGCGCCCGCCGCCCGCGGCCCAUGGCGGCGCUGGUGCGGCCGUGGCCUGCGCCGCACGGGCCCGGCCGCCCCCGCGGGGCGCCCGCCGCGGGCGCGGCGGCGCCCCGCCGGCCGCCGCGGCGCGCGGCGGCCGCUGGGGCGCCCGCGGCCGCCGUGCUGCUGGGCGGGUCGGCGCCGAUCGGCGCUGCGGCCGCGGCCGCGCGGCGCCGCGGGCGGCGCGCGGCGGGCCGCGCUCGCGGGCGGCAGCGCCCGGCCCGCGGCGCCCGUGGCGGCGAGGGCGUGGACGUGGCGCGGGGCGGCGAGGGCGCCGACGUGGUGCUCAGCGUGGCAGCUGCGAGGACUUCCUACAAGGAGUUCCUCUUGGUCACUGAGGAGACAAGACCGUUCUACUACAGAGUGUCUGACACCGUCCUGACCGCUUACGGCGCCAUCUGCUUCCUGACGAGCGUGCUAGAGCCGGAGACGGCGAUCCGCUACCACUUUACCGAGCUAGAGGACUUCAUCAACGUGUCGUUCUUUAUAAAGUUUCUGCUCCUCUUCUGGUCCAACGACUGGAAGACCGGCUGGUUGUUCACUGGGAAGGCGCUGCUCGACUUGGCAAGUUGCCUCCCCGUGAUCUCCAUCCCGGUGCGCUUCAUGGGCGCACCCGCGCUGGAGGACUACCUGAACUUGCUGCAGAUCGCAAGAUUCCUGCGGCUCCUCGUCGAGACGAGGGGAAGCACGCCCCUGCCCCUGGAGCAGCAGCUGGUGUCCGUCCUGCUGUCUCUCCUGGGCACCAUGACGGUCUCCGCCACCGUACUCUUCCUGUACGAGUCCUCGCCCGGGGUGCCCCUCGCCUACAGGUCGUUCGAGGAUUGCCUGCUGUACAUGGUGAACCUUUUCGCAGGCCGCGACCUCCCGUGGGUGCCGCAGCAGCCGCUGGGCAAGCUGGUAUCUGCAGCGGCGACCUGCCUAAGUAUUGUCUUCAUCCCUUUCCUCGUCUCCAGGACCGUGGAGCUCUUCACGGAGUCGAAGUCCGCCGGCGCCCUCCCGGAGCCCGCUGGGGAGGCCGGGCCGCAGGGCCUCCUCCCACGGCCGGACCUGGCGACCCCGCCGAGGCCCGCCGUGGGAGAGCCAGCCGACGGCGAGGUGUUGAUAGAGGCGGGCGCCCCGUUCUGGGCGGCAGCCGUGGCGCGGCUCGACCGGUUGGUGGGCUCGCGGCUGCUGAGCUUAGAGGAGGCCAAGCUGAUCCGCCGGCGGUGCCUGCUCCGGGACCCGCAGGUUGAAAUACUACAUCUGUGCUACCACAGGCCCACCGCCGACUCCGUGUACGCCGGGCGCCUGCGGGAGCUGCUCAGUUUCGAGUCCGAACCAGGGCCAGCGCGGCCCUCCCCGUGA